GAAAUCAAUUUAACUAAUUUGCUUGUUGUUAAUAGAACAUAUGGUGCUUCUUAAUUGCAAUGUUUAUUUGUUACUUCAGUCAGAAGAAGCCUGCAAGCGUGCCCGGGCUCUUCUGGAAUACGCAGAAGACACCUUUCAAGUGCCACGUGAGCUUGUUGCCAAAGUUAUCGGGAAAAAUGGUAAAAACAUCCAAGACAUUGUGGACAAGUCUGGGGUGGUACGGGUGAAAAUAGAGGGCGACAACGAGCGAGACGCGCCACGAGAGGAGGUGGGUGUCAGUUCAGGACUCGAUGGACAAGUACCGUUCGUGUUUGUAGGAACAGUGGAAAACAUCAGUAAUGCUCAAAUACUCCUGGAAUACAAUUUGGAUCACUUACGGGAAGUGGAGAGACUCCGGCAGGAGAAGCUUGAGAUAGACCAGCAGCUGAGGAGCCUAGCUGGUCCUCAGUCUGGGGGGCAGUACUUCCCAGCCCCCAGGGAACGCAGGGACAGCAAUGACCCCUACUCCAGUGACCGGGACGCUGACUGGAGGGGUGGCUACCGGGGAGGCAGGGGUAGAGGCAGGGGACGGGGCUUCCCUCGCAGAUUUGACGACAGAUAUACUAAUAGUGUUGCUGGGCAUGGUCAUGUUGUGGGUGAUUGGGACCGUGAGGUGGAGCUGGAGGAGAGGCAGCAGCAGGGCUACCUCACAGACAGCGUCCUGAGUGCCCGCAGGCAUGCUGCUUACAGGGGGCGCAGACCCAGGGCCAGGGGAACUUACAACACACACAGGAACUCAGACUUUGAUGGCCGCUACAACAGAUACAAUCCAAGAGACAACUACAGAGUGUCUUACCACACUGAUGAUCAAUAUGAGCCCAGAUCCGAUCGCUCACGACGGCGUGUUGCUGAUGAUGAUGACACUGUGCUAGACAAUACCAGUGUGACCAGUCAGGAUCAAGAACACAGUGACAGCCACAGUGACCAGAGGCGGGCCAGACGGCGGCGCACACGACCAGGUGGCCGCGGCAAUAGCAGUGCAGCCUCAGGCACCGAGACUGAUACCAGUGUGUCCAGCUAUCCCACGCGAAGAAGGCCCUAUAGGAAGGGACCAAUCAGUGGUAAUUUUGACACCAACGACCUGUCACCUGCCCCACAUCUGAAAGAAAACAAUGUCAGUUCACUGUCCAAAGCAAAAGAAGUUGGAAGUGAAGAUACAGGUUUGAAGUCAGAGCCAAAAGAGCUGAGGGACAAACCAGUCCGCUCAGAUGGCAGAAGAACAGAUGUCAGGGGUACCCCACGAAAUGGCCUUGGAUCUCGUAAAACUGAGGGAAGAAAUGGCAGUGAUGGAGAUAACAAAGGCAAGAUAGGCAACAUGGGCAAUGGUGAAAAAUCAAAUAUGGAGCAGCCAUUAAUUAAUGGCCAGUAGGCAAUAUAGAAUAGGUUGUUCAAAAGCCUUAGUGAUUAGAGCUUGUGUGUUGAGACGCUGAUUUCAGUUUUGAUUGCAUUGAAAAUCACAUGAAAAUACAAAUUAUAUUUGAUUUUUUAAUGGCAGUUUAAGGGAAUAAGAUUCGUUUGAGAUAGUUUAAAGUUGCAUAUGAAACUGACAAAACUAAGUAUUGGCCCAUUAUUGAUGAUAAUAUGAAGGAAAAACGGAGUUUUCUACAAAACUGACUAAACAAAAUAUGGACCUGUUAUUCGUGAUACUGGAUGAAAUCGUGUGUAUUAUUUUAUGAUGACUAAACCAACAAGAGGGAUGCUGGUUUCUUAGCCUUACGUGGAUGGACACACUACAAAUGACUGCCAAGGACACCCAAGACACCCAUUCAAUUCUAGUGAAACUGACCUGAUGUAGACAAAUCAAUUCACAUUAUUUACAUAGCCAAACAAAUGAAGACAGAACCUUACAGUACACUACAUGAUUUAUGAUGAACUGAAUACUGUUGAUGACCUUCACUCCCGACCAUGACACUGCACAGUUACAGGAUGCACAUUGUUGAUAUGUGCUGCAUGAAGCAUGUUGUGUGUAAUGUCUUACAUAUUAAAAGUGUUUGUUGGACAAUGGUCAGCAUCCAUCAUAAUAUUUGUUGUUAUAAAAUGAUGAAUUGCUCUUGACAGAAUCCACUCUGUAGUUAUAUUGUAAUAUGAUGGCAUGGUUGUAUUGUGUAUGCUUUAAUAGUGCAGAAAACAUCCAACAACUCAUUGAGCAGCUUUUCUGGAACAAAAGAAAAGCAGAAUUGUAGAAGUGUUACUCCGGAGGAAAAUGACUUGAAUACUGAAAAUGUAUCCCAUAGACUUGGAGACGUAUAUUCACAUUAGCUAUGAUGACAUAGACCUCAUUGUGAAAUGUAUUGUUCCCUUUAUAAUUGGUACAUUACAGCUGUGGUAAGCAACUUACUGUCAAUAUGAUCAUUAUUGUGUGCUCUUCCAACACUGCUAUAUGUAUGCGUCAAUAGAAUGGUCUUCAAUAAGGACAUGCUUACUUUCGUUUCUCUUACAAUCAUUAUGCUGCUGAAAUUGUAUUCAAAUUACGGUAUCACCAUUAUUUUUGGAUUGCUUUUUGUCUGUCACCUUUUCAUUCGAACAACCGAUCCUAACAGCUGGAAUGUUUUCAUGAAAUAUAACAGGAAUUCCCCUCUUUCGAGUGUUUAAUAUUAUGGUCUGCAGCAGCAUAUGUAGGUGCCCAAAGUUACUUUUCCUUAUCAUUUCUGUAUAUAUAAUAUGUGCUCCUGGAAUCAAUGUUAGCCAUACUCAGGGGUCAUGUUUUAUCAAACUUGUGUAGGAAAAAUACUUCUUUUCCCCUGAUAUCUCAAUGACCUGAGCUGUAUUAUUUAGUAUGUAACAUCAUAUACCGGUUGUGGUCCUUAACAAUACCUAGCUAAAAGCUAGCUUUGUUCCAGGGUUCAUAUGGUUUGUAUAAACGUGUAUUUACAAAUAACUUUGAAAUUUCUACUUGCUGAAAACGCUGACCCAAAGGUGUAGUGUUUAGUAAUAAAUGUCAUGUUCUGGUUCACUAUUAAGUUAGUUCAUAUCCCAUCCGUGCGGUAAAAACUUGACACACCAUAGAGGCAAAAGGUCAAUAUAUACUAAAACUAACUUUAAAAAUGUUGUCUUUUAAAAAGCAUUUCUUAGGUGAGCAAUCAUGUAUUUAACAUUUUGAUAAGCUGACCUGAACACAAAAUACUUGUAUUGAUCUCUCUGUCUGUCAAUUUGAUAAAACCUUGUGCUCAGUCUAUAGACCAUAUUUUUUAUCUUCGUGAACCUUGAUUUGUUCCAAUUACAUCUCUUAUGAGUUCAAAAUUUGAUCUUGUGUGAUAAAGUGGGCUUUAGUAAAGAGCAUGCUUGUGAACACAUCAAAACACACGUGUUUGUCCAAACUUCUUUAAGCUUGCUUAGAACAUUUGUUCUCAUUAUAUUGUGGCCAGGCUGUAGACAGUUUCCAUCCAUGGUAAAUCAAGGUAAUUUGGAUAAUUGAAGAUUUUCUAAUUAAUGAGUAUUUUGAAAUCUGUAAAACAUUUUGUUUAUGCUUUUAAUUCAUACUACCGAUGAAGGCAAUAGCCAAAACAUGUAUAGUAUUUCAGUAGUUAAAUUAAAACAAAUAUAAUGUGUA